CCCCUUUUUUUUCCUUCUUCUCAUCUUCUCCAUUUGCCGAUUGCCUUUGUUCCAAUUUAUUUGUCGUCGCUUCCAUCUCCUUCUUUCGAUCUCUUUUCUUCUUCAUUCCCACCCAAAAAGUACUUAUGCUUUACUUAUCCCGAUCUUGUUGCUAUAUUGAAACCCAGUUUCUUACAUCAAUCGCAAAUCUAGUGGUGUGCUCAGUUCCAAUCAGUAAGUAUCUCUCAAUCCCAAUCGGUAAGUAUCUCUCAAUCCCAAUCGGUAAGUAUCUCCUUCUUUGGGUCUCUUUUCUUUUUCAUUCUUACCCAAAAAGUACUUCUGCUUUGCUUAUCCCGAUCUUGCUGCUCUAUUGAAGCCCAGUUUUCCAACAUCAAUCCUAGAUCCAGUGGUGUGUUCAGUAACCAAUGGGUAAGUAUCUUUUUCUUUCGGUCUCUUUUCUUCUUCAUUCUCACCCAGUUGGAACAAUUUACCUUAUCCCGAUCUUGCUGGUCUAUUGAAGCUCAGUUUUUCCGACAUCAAUCCCAAAUCCAGUGGUGUGCAUCAAUCUUUAACCAAAACAGGGUUAGGGUGGAACCAUGAAAAGGGUACUAUUGAUGCUACUCCUCAACGAUGGCUGCAUUGAAAGCGGAGAAUAAAGAAUUUGCCAAGUUUGAGCAUCGUGGAUUAGAAAAUGCAACAUAGCUCGAGAGAAUGUUUGAUAAAAUAGUGAUAAUAGGUGAAACUGCAUGGACCUCAACUGCUGGUGCUGUUUUUCUAGAUCAGGAUGUGGGUGAAGUAAAGGUUGAAGAUGCUCUUGAUUUAGAAGAAGGAAGUGGUGAUUUUGAUGAGUCGGCUCUAGUGAAAUGGAAGUGCAGAGAGCUGGCUCUGGAAGCUGCAACCGGCUCUGGAAGCUGCAACCGGCUCUACGGGUAAAGAUUUAAAGGUAAAAUCUCGAUUUUACCUUUUGUUUGGCGGUUGGACUUUAGCCUAUUUUCUUUCGGUCUUCUCAUUUUGGGUUAGUGAGUUUUGACUAGAUAACCCAUAAAUUAAGCUCAUUUUUCAUUUUAAAAGCCCACAACCCACACAACCCAACCACAAAUCAACAUUUUAAUC